UCCUUACAAUGGAAGAACUUGGAACCGUGGCUUACUGUGGGAGGAUAUGGCUGGCGGUGUUCAACACCGUGUUUACGAUACUGGGCUCCGCCUGUUUUGUGCUGGGCAGCGUGUUGAGGUUCAGAUCCGACAUCUUUACAAGUUACCUGUCGGGUCUCAUAUCUAACGUCCAGACGGAGGAAUCAGUCUUCAACUUGAGCGACUUCAUCGAGGGCAUUGCCUUCACCUUCAUCGUCAUCGGGCUCUUCAUUUUCAUCGUCGGCGGCCUCGGAUGUCUCGGUGCUUGCUGGAAACUCAGAACAUGCUUGCUUGUGUACGCCGUGGUUGUGGUGAUAGUGUUGGUCGCGCAAGUCGUUGGCGUCACCUUGAUGUGCACCCUCAAGUCACAGUUUGACAUCAGCCUAAAGACGAUGUUAAAGAGGACGUUAUCGUCCAGCUACACCGGGGACAUCGGCACCGACCCCGUCACCCUCGGCUGGAACUACCUCUUCGUGCAGUUGAGUUGCUGCGGCGUUGACAACUACACCGACAUCUACACGGCGACUCACUGGAAUCGGACAGUGUCUGAGGGGGGUCUGACCGUCUAUCUGAAGACACCCUUCACGUGCUGCAAGCUGGAGGGAGAGUACCCGGACAUGGACUGGCCACUUGACCCCUUCUGUGCCCUGAGUCCGAACGCCUCCAACUCCAACUACAACCAUGGUUGCUACAGCGCGCUGGAGGGCGUGGUCCUCGGCUACACAACGACGAUGGUAGUGGCUGGCAUCAUCCUGGCUGCUGUCGAGAUUGUCAGCGUUGUUUUGGCCGUGCUGCUGUUCCGUGACCUCCAUUGCGAAGAGGAGGAAGUAUUCAAAGAGUAAACACGACUAUCAUGAUUUAAUAGGUGGUGAGGUGAAAUGGGGUUUAACGUCGCGUCCAAGAUUAUUGCACUUAUACAGCGACGUGCAGGCACGUGUGUGUGUGUGGCUGCUUGCACUGGUCCG